CGACGCCGGUCAAACGUCGUCCGCCGAUUUUUUUUCAAACUGUGACCUAACAAGACGCACCGAAAUGGCAACUCUCGCUGCUGCUGCUGCUUCUUCUUCCCUACUCAUCUCUCUCCUCCUUGCAGAGAGACGACUCGAGCUCGAUCAUGGCCCUUCCAUUCCUCGUCCUCUUCUUCUUCCUCCUCCUCCUCUCUUCCUCUUCCCACCGCCAAACAGUCCACGCGGAGACGGACACACUCCGACCCGGCGACUCAAUCUCCCUCAACCGAACUAUCCUCUCUUCCGCCGGAAGUUUCGCCCUCGGUUUCUUCCGCCUCGGCGCCUCCGUCCCUGCUCGCUACUACCUCGGCAUUCGCUACCACAACGUCGCCGACGGAGCAGUUGUGUGGGUGGCCAACCGAGACAGCCCCCUCCGCGACGCCUACGGGAACCUAACCCUAGAAAUCGACGGCAAUCUAGUGGCGUACAGCAGCAGCGGAAGCAAAAUCUGGUCUUCCGAUACCUCAGCGGCUUCCCGUGGUACCACCGAAGCAGUGCUCUUGGAUUCCGGCAACCUCGUCUUGAGACUAGCAGAAGGCGAUGAGGAUAGAUUCAUCUGGCAGAGCUUCGAUCACCCAACCGACACGCUGCUCCCGGAAAUGAGGCUGACGUCGUAUCUCCGCCCCGGCAUAGCCUCGCCGACGAGAUGCGUGUCGUGGAGAGCCGAGGACGAUCCCUCGUCGGGUAGUUUUACCUUGGGGAUCGAUCCGAGGUCGUCGAUGCAGGGGUUCAUCUGGCGCGGAGUGGAGCCCUACUGGAGAUCCAACCUGCGGAGCUCGCCGGGGUCGGAGAUCAACUCCACUCGCAUCGUCACCACGAAAAGCACCAACGCGUACGUCUACUCGAUCGCCGUCGAAGGGGAUAGGGUCUCCUGGUGGUUCACCGCCACGCCGAGCUCGACGGUCUCCAGAGUUGUGAUACAGGAAUCGGGCUUCUCCCAGCUCUUGAGUUGGAACGCGAGCUCUGGUAGCUGGGUCAUAGAAGGAUCCGUCCCCAACCUCCCGAGCAGGCCCUGCGAGUUCUACAACCAGUGCGGACCUAACGGCGUGUGCGAUGGCAGUCAGCCCACUAGCCGUUCGUGCCAAUGCCUCAGAGGGUUUGUGCCCAGAACUUUCAGUCAGUGGAAUGCUGGAAAUUACUCAGGGGGUUGCAUGAGAGCUACUGUUGGGGAUUGCAACAGUGGAGCAGAUUAUGUUCAUUAUAAUAAUAUGAAAUUGCCUGAUCGUAUGAUACUACUGAGAGAUGCUAGUGAAAAAGAGUGUCGAGCCAAUUGCUCCGUGUCUUGCAACUGCACAGCCUACUCCUUCUCUGGAACGAUAAGCAUCGGCAGCAGCACUACAUGCCUGGUUUGGUUUGGAGAUUUGGUUGAUCUUGUGCAGAAUUUGAGUAGGGAUGAACUCUUUGUGCGUGUUGCUGCAUCUGAUUUAGAUUCAAACAGUCAAAAUGAAGGAUCGUCAAAUAAGUCGAUGCUUUUACUUGCUAUUAUGCUAACAGUAGGGUUUAUUCUGAUACUACUCUCAGGAACUGCAUUCUAUUUCUGGAGGACAAUUCACAGACGAUCACGGAAGCACAAGGAAAAUGUAACAAGAUUGGAAGAGUUGAGAAGUUAUGACGGAGGCAGUAUCAUUGAUGUACCCUUACUUGAUUUUUGUAGUAUACUUAAAGCGACUGAUGGCUUUGCCCUUACGAACAAGCUUGGAGAAGGUGGGUUUGGUUCUGUCUACAAGGGAACGUUACAGGAUGGUAAGGAUAUAGCGGUGAAAAGGCUAUCCGAGACUUCAAAACAAGGCUUUGUCGAAUUCAGAAAUGAAGUUGAGCUGAUAGCCAGACUACAACACACUAAUCUGGUGAGGCUUUUAGGUUGGUGCAAUCAUCAAGAUGAGAAGAUACUUAUCUAUGAGUAUCUGCCUAAUCAUAGUUUGGACAAAUACCUAUUCGAUUCAAAUCAGUCAUCGAAAUUAGAUUGGGAUAUGAGGUUCCAAAUAAUCAAAGGCAUUGCACAAGGACUUCUUUACCUCCAUCGCUACUCCAGACUUCGGGUUAUACAUAGAGAUUUGAAGACUGACAACAUACUAUUAGAUUACGACAUGAAUCCCAAAAUUUCAGACUUCGGCUUGGCAAGGAUAUUUGAUGGGAAACAAAAGGAAGAAAACACUACAAGAAUAGUUGGAACAUAUGGUUAUAUCGCACCAGAAUAUGGCUUGUAUGGCCGUUUUUCAGAAAAAUCUGAUAUAUUUAGCUUUGGCGUAAUUAUACUAGAGAUAAUUUCUGGAAGAAGAAACAAAGGCUCAUACCCAUUGAAUGGUUCAUUGAAUCUUCUUGGAUACGCAUGGCAACUUUGGGCUGAAGGAAGAUGUUGCGAGCUGGUAGAUCCCGCCCUCGAAGAAUCAUUCCCAGUUUCCGAAGUGGCUAAAUGCAUUCAAGUAGGGCUGUUAUGCGUCCAAGAUGUUCCGAAUGAUCGACCAACAAUAGAUGCUAUCAUUGCCGUGUUGGUGAACGAGAACCCACCAGUUUUGCAGCCACCUGGACAGCCUGCAUUUACCUCAAAAGAUGCAAGUCCUUGGUCAGCACGCUCAUCUCCCCCCGAAUUGACCAUGAGCGUGGUAGAGGGAAGAUGAAGGGUCUGAAUUUGAACUUGUCGAUGAAUAGAUUCUGCCAUGACCCAACUGAAAGAGAAGCUUAUUUUUGUUAUUGAAUCUUUUUUGGUCAAAUGUAAAUAGACUUAGUUUUGUGUGUGUGUUCAACUUUCGGCCAGAGAUAAGUUGGUGCUAAAUGUAUCUCCACCUGUUGUAAUAUUGUGCAUAAACAAUAACAGUUAAUUUGUUUGUUCAA